AUGGAUGAAGAAAACGAGACGGAGGUUGACGAAGAUACGGAUAUCAAUGUGAAUGCUGCCGAAGAGAGUGACCACGAGACCGAAUCGGAACUAGAAGGAUCAAGCGAUGAUGAAAUUCUUUCAGACGAUUCUGACGAUGGGAAAGCAGAAAAAAUCCUGAAGUAUGGGAAAGAUGAAGAAAACGAGACGGAGGUUGACGAAGAUACGGAUAUCAAAGUGAAUGCUGCCGAAGAGAGUGACCACGAGACCGAAUCGGAACUAGAAGGAUCAAGCGAUGAUGAAAUUCUUUCAGACGAUUCUGACGAUGGGAAAGCAGAAAAAAUCCUGAAGUAUGGGAAAGAUGAAGAAAACGAGACGGAGGUUGACGAAGAUACGGAUAUCAAUGUGAAUGCUGCCGAAGAGAGUGACCACGAGACCGAAUCGGAACUAGAAGGAUCAAGCGAUGAUGAAAUUCUUUCAGACGAUUCUGACGAUGGGAAAGCAGAAAAAAUCCUGAAGUAUGGGAAAGAUGAAGAAAACGAGACGGAGGUUGACGAAGAUACGGAUAUCAAUGUGAAUGCUGCCGAAGAGAGUGACCACGAGACCGAAUCGGAACUAGAAGGAUCAAGCGAUGAUGAAAUUCUUUCAGACGAUUCUGGUGCAUCUCAUCCCCAAAAUUUCUAUUUAGGAAAAGACAAUGUCACUAAAUGGAAGAAAACCAGACCCAAUUAG